UCUCUGGGAGCCCCGGAACCCGUUCACACGUUCGGUGGAUCUGAAGCCGAAGUCCGGGAGUUCAAAAGAUCCAUUUGAGGGGCCUGAUGGGUUGUUUCCCCCCUUCUCCUUCUCAACGAUCUACCUUUCGGGAACCAGCUGUAGGGUUUAGACUUGGGGGGGACACGUGACGCCCCUCCCCAUCUGCUCGGUUGUCCCGGGAUUUGAUGAGCGGAGGGGGGGUUUCCACCCCCCCCUCUCUCCCCGUCUGCCGCCACCUUCCACUCCGCCUCCCCGGCUCGCCAGGGAAGAUACCCGCCGUGCCCGCUUUGCUGAUCUCGCCGCCUUCUUCGGCUGAAGCAGGAUGUAGCUUCCCUCUAACCGAUGUCCGCCUCUCCGCCGACAGACCGCUCCGGCGUUGCUCUGGGGUCGUGGGAAAGGAAGUAAGUGGCGAGGCAUGGAGGAGCAGGAAAACAGAUGAAGAGAACCUGUCUGGAACCCUGAGAGCCCAGGAAUCAUUUGUCAGCCUCUUUCAGUCUUUUUAAAGAUAAGCAAUGCCUGCAGGCAUGAAUAAACAUGGAUCUCGAUCUACUACCUCUUUGCCCCCGGAUCCCAUGGAAAUUGUCAGGAGCAAAGCUUGUUCCAGAAGGGUCAAGCUUAACGUGGGAGGCUUGGCACAUGAGGUUUUAUGGCGAACCUUGGACAGGUUACCACGGACAAGAUUGGGUAAACUCAGAGAUUGCAAUACUCACGAAUCCCUAAUGGAUAUAUGUGAUGACUAUAACUUGGAGGAGAACGAAUAUUUCUUUGAUAGGCACCCGGGGGCAUUUACUUCUAUCUUGAACUUUUACCGCACGGGCAAGUUGCACAUGAUGGAGGAAAUGUGCGCCUUGUCCUUCAGCCAAGAACUGGACUAUUGGGGAAUUGAUGAAAUUUAUCUAGAGUCUUGUUGCCAGGCAAGGUACCACCAGAAAAAGGAACAGAUGAAUGAGGAGCUCAAGAGAGAAGCAGAAACCAUGCGUGAAAGGGAGGGAGAGGAAUUUGAUAACACUUGCUGUGCAGAAAAGAGAAAAAAACUCUGGGACCUUUUGGAGAAGCCCAAUUCUUCUGUAGCAGCCAAGAUUUUGGCCAUUAUCUCCAUCAUGUUCAUUGUGCUCUCUACAAUUGCCUUGUCUCUAAACACUCUUCCUGAGCUUCAGGACACAGAUGAGUACGGAAAUCCUUCAGAUAACCCGCAGCUAGCCCACGUAGAGGCGGUGUGCAUCGCAUGGUUUACAAUGGAAUAUGUUUUGCGUUUCCUCUCUUCUCCUAAGAAAUGGAAAUUUUUCAAAGGACCCCUGAACGCCAUUGACUUGUUAGCAAUCUUGCCCUAUUAUGUCACCAUCUUCCUCACAGAAUCCAACAAAAGUGUACUUCAGUUCCAAAAUGUCCGGAGGGUAGUCCAGAUAUUUCGUAUCAUGAGGAUACUCCGUAUUCUAAAAUUGGCCAGGCAUUCAACUGGUUUGCAAUCUCUGGGAUUUACAUUGAGGAGAAGCUACAAUGAACUUGGAUUACUUAUUUUGUUUUUGGCCAUGGGCAUUAUGAUCUUUUCAAGCUUAGUGUUUUUUGCAGAAAAAGAUGAGGAGGAUACAAAAUUCAAGAGCAUACCAGCCUCCUUCUGGUGGGCCACAAUAACUAUGACAACUGUUGGUUACGGAGACAUCUAUCCUAAGACCCUUUUAGGUAAGAUUGUUGGUGGGUUAUGCUGUAUUGCUGGAGUCUUAGUGAUUGCCCUUCCAAUCCCAAUCAUUGUAAAUAACUUUUCAGAGUUCUACAAAGAACAGAAGAGGCAGGAAAAAGCCAUUAAGCGUAGGGAAGCCCUUGAAAGAGCCAAAAGGAAUGGAAGCAUUGUGUCCAUGAAUUUGAAGGAUGCUUUUCCACGUAGCAUAGAAUUGAUGGACAUCGUUGUUGAAAAGAAGGGAGAAAAUGCAGGCAAAAAGGAUAAAGUUCAGGACAAUCAUUUAUCCCCAAGCAAAUGGAAAUGGGCCAAAAGAUCAAUCUCUGAAACUAGCUCCAAUAAAUCUUUGGAGACAAAGGAACAAGGUUCACCUGAAAAAGCUAGGUCUUCCUCCAGUCCUCAGCAUCUGAACGUCCAGCAACUGGAAGACAUGUACAACAAAAUGAGUAAAGCUCAGUCACAGCCAAAUCUCAAUUUAAAGGAGACAGCUCAACCCAGUAAGCAAAAAGAAGAACUAGAAAUGGAGGCCAUUCCUGGCCCAAUGGUCCCUUUGUUGACUACUCGGGCAGAUGGAAUAAUUGAUAUGAGAAGCAUGUCGAGCAUUGACAGUUACAUAAGCUGCAUGACUGAAUUUCCCGAAGCUGGGAGAUAUUCUCAUAGCCCUCUCACUACACUGACCAGCAAAGGUGGGAAACUUCCCCUUCAGGACCCAUAUAGACUGGAAGGAAGUGGGUCCAAAUUCAUGGAAAUAAAACCAAAUCUGGAAAGUCGCCAUUGCUCUACCUUUUUCAUAGAGAGCCCCAAAAGUUCAAUAAAACUCAUUAACCCUCUAAAACUGAGAUCUCUAAAGGUUAAUUUUAUGGAAGAGGAUGCUGUAGGGUCAGCAGCUUCAAAUGUCCUAAGAAUAUACCCAGAUCCCAUCAAGAACAGGGGAGCUACAGGGGCUGCCACAGAUAGUUCUGGAUAUUCUGAUCGGUCUCUGAUGAGUCCAGAAACUUCUGUCUAUACGACUGCAAGUGCUAGAACCCCUACAAAGUCACCCGAGAAGCAGGCACCGAUUGUUAUGAACUUCCAUGAUGCUGGCAUUCAUAAAUUUAUCGAUGCUGACACAGAUGAUGAAGGCCAGUUGCUCUAUGACUCAAGUCCUCCAAAAGCCUCUUCAGGACAUACUAGCCCCAAAUACAGCAUUUCUCAGAGAGGCUAUAUAAGGCAACGAGAUAAUGUUUGUAAAACAGAGAAGGACCGCUUAGCAACUGCUGCUUUGUCCUCUACACACAAGCUUUUAGGGCAAAAUUGCCUUUAUUCCAUGGAAAAUAUCACUGGAAGAACCCAUGGUAACCAGGAAACUAUCAAAUUAGAUAAUCAUAUUUCACCUGAGGUUCACAUAUUACCAGGUGGUGGUGGAGGAGGAAGAGGACAUAGUAACAAACAUGAUCAAAAUAUCUGAUCAGGGCUGCAGAAUGUUGACUAACAACUGACAGGAAUGCCUUUGCACUCGACACACCAAGAAAAGAUUCUGCAUGGCAUGAACUUUUGACUGAACAAGCCACCUGUUUUGUAAAAAUCAGAAGGAUGUCUUGAAAUGGGAUUAAGGAUAAUACCUCCUCUGAAUCUACUCCAAAUUCUGACUCCAACCACACGACAGUCAUUAAGUAAAAUGAAGUUUGUGCACAUCUUGAUCAUAAAUUGAUCUCCUUUCAACUUCCUUUACAGAAGUCAGUGUGACCAAUUCUUCCAUUCAUUCACUCCUUUAACAUAGACCUCUUUUAUGGCAAUACCAGUAUCUGAAUUGCAUUGUCAUCUUAAAGUGAUCUAGACAUCUAUAGUCAAAUACUAGAACAAAUGGUAGAUGUGAUCAGAAACGCAACACUUUAUGCUUAAAGGUAACUAUUCCAAACAUCCCCCAUCCAUGCCUUUUUCUCUGAUGAAUACAAGGUCUGAAGACGAACAGGGCUCGGGUAGGCUUAUUAAAUCACAAAUGCAGUGAAUUGAGAAAUAAACUUUUAAACAUUUCUCUCUGUAUUUCUAGAUGCAUUAAAAAUCUAUUUUUUUAUUUUUAAAACAAUCAGCAGGGUGAGUUGCACCACUUGUACUAAAUCCAAAAUAUCCCUUCAAAGUUAUAUGUAAAAAAACACAAACUGACUCUGCUAAAAAGUCAUACAAAAUCCGAGAUCAGGGAUGUAGUUUUUAACUUGGGAUUAGGAAGAUAGUUUUCAAACUUAAAUAUGGUAAGAUGUUUAAAAAAGAGAUUUUCAUACUUUUUUAUGAAUGGAUGUUUUUAUGUAUUCUUGAAAAUAAAUAAAUCAGGUGGAUCUAAUCUUUUGUGUGUUGGAGAAAGGUAUCCUUGGAAGGUAUCACCCAAACGUCAACAGUUGGGGAACUAAGAAACAGCGGCAAAACAACAACAAAAAAGCCAGAAAUGGUAGCCUGAACCAAGAAUCCAUAUUAGCUUUGAGAACAAUUCCAGCACAAAAGAAAUUAAGUAAUAUUGGAAAGAUAUUCCAUUUCUUCUCCCUGAAUUAUUUGCACAUCAUUGAGAAGGGAGGGGAAGUGAGUUAUACCCAACCUGUUCACUAAGCAACAAGUUUAUUUCUACCACAUUUUGCACUUAAAUAAUGUAGAAUGCAAAAAUAUGCAAGUUAUAAAUACAUAAAUAUGCAAAAAAAAUGUUAUUUCCAAGGAAUGAUCCUCCUGCCAUCUGGAGUGGUAUCCAUCAAGAUAGGAACUUCUGGAAUUUAACAGUAGGAAGGAGGGUAUAAAUAUCAAGAGACUAAAGGCCAUGAACUUAACACAUCUUCAUUUUAUUCUGAAACAGGUCGUUUCUGACAAAAACACACACAGCUACACCAGCUUGGAUUUAUAAUUCCUACUAUUUCCUUUCAUUUUGCUGGUAUUACAAAGCACUUUAUGUUAAUGUUGUGACAAAGGUGGAAUCAAGAAGAACAGAGAAUGUAUUUUUAAAACACUAGCACUUUAAAAACAAACACACUCCUUAUUUGUGCCUCGUCACAUCUGUGAUUUGUUACCCACCUGGUAACAAGCUGCACCAUAACUGUGAUGAUAACACAUAAUGUUUGUCCUUCGUUACUGUAAUAUAGUGUAACAUUAAGAUACAUGCACACCUAUAAAACCUUUGAAAGCUUGACUUCUUUUUGUAGAAUAGUGCACUCAGAUGCAGGGGGAAAGGUGAUGUGGGGUCUAGCCAGUCUAAAGGAUAGGCACCUUAAUUCAUGGCCCUUCAAUGUUGACCGAGGAGCAUAUAUGAAAGGGUAACUCAAAGUCACCGUGACCUGAAGCUCAGAACAGCCUAAUUCAAAAAAGUAUUGGAGAAAGUAAAGCAUCUUUUCCUCUUUUUUUUUUUGCAGUUUCAUUCCCUGAGAAAAGGCUUACAAAGAUGCAUUCAACUUGAUUGCCCCUGUCAGUAGAUAGAAAACUUUUUUUUAACAUAACCUAUUUAUUAAAAGGAAAGUAGGGGCAAAAAAGAUUUUGCACUGCACUUAUCUAUCAUGAGUAAUUACAUUGCAAAUAACAGGACUUGGCAAAUGGAUCUCUGUAAAUAAUGCACUGCAUCCAUGAAAACUACCCGUCACUUGUCAAAUCAGUAUUUUUUCUGGUGUCAAAUAGCUGUUGGUCUUGAAUGUAAUUCUUGUCAAUUCGAGCUGUACUGACUGUCCUUCCACCUCUAAUGCACACACCAUGCACAGACAAAAGCAAUAAGCACAGGUUUAUCUUAAAAAAAAAACUGUUAUGGGUUGUAACAAUCCUUUGCACAUGUUUCUGCAUAAGUGUGAAUAUUUCUCACAUUUGCUCAAUUAUCCACUUACCUAGGAACCCCUUCCAAUAUUACUGUAUCUAUUCAUUCAAAUUGCCAG